GAAAACUGACCCAAAUUACCGCCUGACAGCAACGUAAAGGUCAAGGCUAACCAGCCCCGUCCGCUUAAGAUCAGUUUCAUGACUCUUUUAUCCCCCGCGACAGCAAGGCAAACAAAAUAAGGUGGAAUAAACUCAGCAUGGCAAAUUAUCUUCAUGUUCUCUAUCCAUGAAAAGAAUGGAUACGGUCCUGCUUGGCUUCGAAAGAAACUGAAACAUUCUCAAGGAGGAGACAUGGAUGCUUCAACCAAACUCAGGAGCCGCGGCAUCAUCUUCCUCCUCCUAACAGGUAGCUUCUUCGCCCUGGCUUUCUCAGAGGUCCACGUCAGCGUCAAGAACCGGCUGGGGAGCGGCAAGAACAUGACCCUCCAUUGCCAGUCCGAAGACGACGAUCUGGGGGAGCAGAACGUUGCAGACGGAAGCGAAUUCGGGUGGGAUUUCAACGUGAAUGUGUGGGGUACGACUCUGUUUUACUGUGACAUGGGAUGGGAAAGUGUGCAGGAUUAUCAAUUCGAUGCGUAUUCGUUCGCUAGAGACUUGGUUCGCUGCGAUGCGCAGUGCUUGUGGCUUGUCUCUGAGGAGGGCAUGUAUGGCUUUAAUGGGCAAACUGGGUUUUGGGAGUACAUUUACCAGUGGCCAAGUGGACUAGAAUUGGCGAAAAAGAAAUUAUGAUUGUGAUGCGGUUGAGAAGCUUCUUAAUGCUAAGUGUCAAUUGGGGUGGUCAAAAAUGUCUCGACCUGCAAGCGAGAGGAGGAUUCGGUAGUGAUUCCCGUAUUGAAUAAAUUGACUCUAUCUUGAACUCA